AUGUCUCUGAUCCUCUUUGCUUUUGUGGUGCGGGUCAGGGAUGGACUCCCUCUGUCAGCUUCCACCGACUUUGAACACAACAGGGAGCUGCAGGAGAGGAAGCAGCAACUCAGAACCAUUAGCAAGUCAUUGGCCAGUUUUUCUGACCGUGGCACUAUUAAGGGCCAGCAGCUCAACUUAUAUUUCACCUCUUCAGAGGGUGUAUCCUACAUGAGUGUGUGCCGCAGCAGCCUCCCUGCUGCGAAAGCCUUCUGCUUCUUGGAAGAUCUGCGCUGGGAAUUCACAGCACGCUUCGAUAGCUCUGUUGUUGCCCUGGCAGCCAGACCAUAUCCAUUUUUGGAGUUUGACAGCACUAUUCAAAAGCUGAAGCAGCAGUACAACCAGAGUGGUGGUCCAACUCUGGAGGUGACUCUGGUAGAAGUCCAGGACGAUCUGAGAAUCCGCCCACCACAAGUAAUAAACUUGGAAGAAGUGGAGCUAGCUAAUGGCACUGCAAAUGGGCACAUAGAGCAAAGUAAGAAUCAGAGGCUUGAACCAGUGACGCCACCGGGCAUCCUGUCGCUCGUCCUUAAUAUUGUGUGUGCGUCUCUGAAUUUGAUUCGUGGUGUGCACCUCAUGGAGAACACGCUCCAGGAUGAUUAUGAGGGCAUUUGGAACUUUGUGGCAUUUCUCUUUGCGUUCGUCUGCUGUGCGUUUCAGUGCCACCUGUUCCUGUUCCACUCCUCUCAGAAGAAGUUAAAGUCCUUCUUUCUGUUGAGCGUCAUCGUUCUAUGCAACUUGUACCUGCACGGCUUGAGGAACGCGUGGCAGCUCAUCUUCCACAUUUCUGUUGCUUCCGUUUCCACCUUCCUCAUCCUCACUCGUAGAGUCCAGCAAAGAACUGACGACUGUGGAGUCUGAUGAGCGCACGAUGGUUUAGCAUGCCACAUCUAUCCAAUAUUCAGCUCAAGGAGGAGCAACAUGGAAGUAAAUUUGCACUAUGUUGCAUGGGUUUCUAACAAAA